UAACAAUAUUAAUAAUUAAAAGAAGAUCCACAAAUUCUACUUAACAAGGGCUCCUAAAGUUAAAGGAGGCUGCUGGAUCCAAGAUUUUGCCAAAAGCUGUCUUUUUUUUUCUUUUCUUUUUUCUUUUGAAAUAUCAAAAAAUUUGAUCUAUUAGAUCUACACCGCUAAGAAGAUGGUCUCCACUUCGGACUUGGAAGCAACUUCUUUCAGUAUUCCAGAACAUGUAUUGGCCUCCAGUGGCAAGAGAAUGCCACUUUUGGGGUUGGGAACGGCAGCCUCCCCACCUGUAGGAUCAGAAGCUAUAAAAAUGGCAAUUCUCCAAGCAAUCAAACUUGGUUCUAGACAUUUUGAUACGGCCGCUAAGUAUGGGUCAGAGAAGCCGUUGGGUGAAGCAAUCCAAGAAGCAUUUUCGAUUGGAUUAAUUCAAUCUCGAGAUGAGCUUUUCAUCACUACCAAGCUGUGGUGCGGCGAUGCUCAUGGAGAACUUGUUGUCCCUGCCCUCAAGAGGAGCUUACAAAAUCUCAAAUUGGAAUACCUUGAUCUCUUUCUUAUUCACUGGCCCGUGAGCUCAAAACCUGGGAUUUAUGAAUUCCCAAUAAAGGAGGAAAACUUCCUCCCCAUGGAUUUCAAUUCUGUAUGGGCAGCCAUGGAAGAUUGCCAGAGGCUCGGCCUCACAAAGUCUAUUGGCGUCAGCAAUUUUUCCUGCAAAAAGCUGAAUGACAUCCUCACCAUAGCUAAGAUCCCUCCGGUUGUUAAUCAGGUGGAAAUGAACCCACUGUGGCAACAAAAGAAGCUAAGAGAGUUUUGCAAAGCCAAGGGGAUCUUUUUGACAGCCUACUCCCCAUUGGGAGCUAAUGGAACCUCUUGGGGCAGCAAUAGAGUACUGGAGUGCGAGGUACUGAAAGAAAUUGCCAAGUCAAAAGGGAAAAAUGUUGCUCAGAUAUCUCUGAGAUGGGCAUAUGAACAAGGGGUCAGUGUAAUUGUGAAGAGUUUCAAUGGGGAGAGAAUGAAGCAAAACCUUGAGAUAUUCGAUUGGUCACUGAAUGAGGAGGAGUUGAAAAAGAUAGAUGAGAUCCCACAAAGCAGAGGUGUUCCCGGAGUGGCUUACAUCUCCAAGUAUGGACCGUUCAAGACAGUUGAGGAAAUCUGGGAUGGUGAAAUGUAAUUCGCUCUCGUAUAGAGGUAAAUAAAUUAACAAUGGAAUUGUUAUGUUCUCAAACUAUUGCCACCAAUGCUCAAUUAUUGUCGUCAGCCAUUUCUAAAUGCUCAACACUCGAAUAAGAUUGAAACUAUUUAUGUUUUUUGACAAUGAUUAUGAGUAUAUCUAGCAGGAAUUGGCGAGCAUACAUAUAGUGUUAUAGGACUUUUCAGAAAGGGAUAUUUGCAUUUAGCACCCGCUUGGAUGUAACCGUACCUUGGCCCGUUGUUAUUCUUUUCCGUAUCAACCGCUUUGUUGAAAUCCAAAUUGAUUUUCGGUACCUCUAUCACCUUAAAUCUUACAA